AUGAACGGCCUCGGCCUCCCGGGCGCCUCCGGGCUGGCCGCCAACCGCUCCCUGGCGGCGGACCCCUGCGGCCGGGAGACGCGGCUGGAGAAUGUGCUCUUGGCCUCCUUCUACCUCCUGGACUUCCUCCUGGCGUUCGUGGGCAACGCCCUGGCCCUGUGGCUCUUCCUCCGGGACCGCCGGGCCGGCAGCCCGGCCGACGUGUUCCUGCUGCACCUGGCCCUGGCCGACCUGGCCGCCGUGCUGGCGCUGCCCGCGCGCCUGGUCUACCACUUCUCCGGGAGCCACUGGCCCUUCGGGGAGGUGCCCUGCCGCCUGGCCGGCUUCCUCUUCUACCUCAACAUGUACGCCAGCAUCUGCUUCCUCACCUGCAUCAGCGCCGACCGCUUCCUGGCCAUCGUGCACCCCGUCCGGUCCCUCAGGCUCCGCCGGCCGCGCUACGCGCACCUGGCCUGCGCCUUCCUCUGGGCCGUGGUGGCCGUGGCCAUGGCCCCGCUGCUGCUGAGCCCGCAGACCGUGCGCACCGGCCGCUCGGUGGUCUGCCUGCAGCUGUACCGGGAGAAGGCCUCGCCCCGCGCGCUCGCCUCGCUGGCCGUGGCCUUCGCCUUCCCCUUCGUCACCACGGUGACCUGCUACCUGCUGAUCCUGCGCAGCCUGCGGCGGGCGCCCCGCGUGGACACGCGCCUCCGGGGCCGGGCGGCGCGCACCAUCGCGCUGGUGCUGGCCAUCUUCCUGGUGUGCUUCCUGCCCUACCACGCGCACCGGGCCGUCUACGUGCUGCGCCAGCACCGCAGCCCCUCCUGCGCCGCCCGGCGCGCCCUGGCCCUGGGCAACAGGCUCACCUCCUGCCUCACCAGCCUCAACGGGGCCCUGGACCCCGUCGUGUACUUCUUCGUGGCCGAGAAGUUCCGCAGCACCCUCUGCAGCCUGCUCUGCGGCCCCCGGCUCUCGGGGCGGCCCCCUAGCCGGGGAGGGAGGACCACGGAGAGCUCGGUGAGCGCCAGGCCAGAGCUGGAGGCCAGGCCAGAGCUGUGA